GUGGUCUAACAAUAAGCAAGAAAAGCAAAGUUGGAAAAACUUUCGAAAAUCCUCUUAUAAAGAAGGAAUCAUCUAUAGCAGUUACAACAAAAGUUAGGGACUCCUCAGCUGCUUGUAAAAAUGGAGGAAGACUUCAAGUAUCAACUGGAGGCACAGAAAGUUGAAGCCUCUAAAAAAGAAGAUGGAGGAUUGGCAACAUACACUGAUCCAACCGAUGGCACUGUUUAUGAAUGGGAUCCAGAAAAGAGGGCAUGGUUCCCAAAAAUUGAUAAUACUUUUCUUGCAAAUUACCAUGCAAGUUAUGGGUUUUAUCAGCCAGAGGAAGAGAAAGAGACUGAGAAAAAAGUUGAAGAGACAGCAUCUGCAAGCAAGACAGAAACAGUUGAAGAGAGAGGAGGAGGAAAAACUGAUGGAACAUCAGAGCCUGAACCAAAAAAGAAGAAAGUUAAUGAGCCAAGUUGGUUUGAUAUUGAUGAGAGCCACAAUACAAAUGUGUAUGUGAGUGGACUACCACUUGACAUAACAUUGGAAGAGUUUGCUGAGCACAUGACAAAAUGUGGCAUUAUAAUGGAGGAUGAUGAUGGAGAUCCUAAAGUCAAGCUUUAUCAUGAUAGUGAUGGGCAGCUCAAAGGAGAUGGGUUGUGUUGCUAUUUGAAAAUUGAAUCAGUUCAACUUGCCCUUGAUUUGUUGGAUGAGAGUGAAAUCAGAGGAAAGAAAUUAUCAGUGAAAAGAGCUCAGUUUCAAAUGAAAGGUGAGUACAAUCCUUCUCUCCGGAAGAAGAAGCAAAACAAAAAGAAAGCCAAAGGAAGCAAACAAGAGAGGCUUUUGGACUGGAAGGAGAGAAAAGGUGAUGGCAAGCCCAAGUUUAAGCACCAAAGAAUAGUCAUUUUUAAGCAUCUCUUUGAUCCAAAAGAAUUUGAAGUUGAUCCUACACUUAUCACUGACAUAAGAGAUGAUUUGAGAGAAGAAUGUUCAAAAUUUGGUGAAGUUAAGAAGGUUCUUGUCUUUGAUAGACAUGUUGAUGGUGUUGCUUCUGUAGCUUUUAAGGAGUUUGAACCAGCAGAGGCGGCCAUUACUGCUAUGAAUGGUCGCUAUUAUGCAGGAAGACAGUUGGAAGUAUUCCUCUGGGAUGGUGUCACUAACUAUCAGAUUGAAGAGACAGACAAGGAGAGGGAACUACGAUUAAAGCAAUGGGAAGAGUAUCUCCAGUCUGGUGCUAGCAAGAGUAAAAAUGAUAAUGGAAAUACAGUUUCUUCAGAGACUACUGGCACUACUGCCACUGAACAAUCUUCAUUUGAUAAUAAUAAUACUUAAAGCUAUGAAUACAUUUUAAAUAUCCUUGCUUGCUAUGGACAUUUCAGUA